UUGAGUCUUGACAGGGAGAUUUGGGAAAAGAAAAGAAAAGGAAAAAAAAAUUAAAACUUGUAAUCAAUCAUUCAUCGAUCGGAUUUGAUAAUUCAUAGAAACAAAGGGAGAAGAUGGCGUUGAAGUUUCUGAAUAAGAAGGGAUGGCACACGGGAAGCUUAAGAAACAUAGAGAACGUGUGGAAAGCGGAGCAGAAGCACGAUGCGGAGGAGAAGAAAUUAGACGAAUUGCGUAAGCAGAUCCAAGAAGAGAGAGAACGAAGUGAGUUUCGCCUUCUUCAAGAACAGGCUGGGCUCGUUCCGAGGCAGGAGCGGUUGGAUUUUCUUUAUGAUUCGGGUUUAGCGGUUGGGAAGAGUGAUGGAGGAGGGGCGAGUGGAAGUGGGAGUGGAUUCAAGGCUCUUGAACAACCCUCUACUACCUCCUCCUCUGCCACGGCGAAGCAGCAGUCGUCUGCUCCAGGUGCUUUAUUUGAGGAUGAUAAACCUCACUCUGCUGGUGAUGCCUGGCGUAAACUUCAUUCCGAUCCUUUGCUUUUGAUUCGCCAGCGUGAACAAGAAGCACUUGCCCGUGUCAAGAACAAUCCUGUCAAGAUGGCCCUCAUACGUAAAUCUGUGGAAGAGACAAAACACAAGGAUAAGCCUCGUGACAAGAAAAAACAUAAGAAGAAGCAUCGUUCUAGUUCAAAGUAUCAGAAGCAUUCAUCAUCCGGACACCAAUCUGAUUCUGAGGAUUCAACUUCUUCAGAAGGGGAAAGACCGGGGAAAAGUAGGAGUCACAAGAGCUCAAACCAUGCGGACCACUACCACAGCAAACGAGUGGAUUCGAGAGAUGAAUUAAGUGAAAGGAGAAGUAAUGAGAAGAAUCAUCACAGCAAACGAGUGGAUUCGGGAGAUGGAUUAAAUGAAAGGAGAAGUAAUGGGAAGAAUCGUUACAAAGACUCAAGAUACAGAGAACAGUCACCCAGUGACCUUCCAGAACCAAGAACCAGAAGAAAUGAUGAUCGAGAUUCUGUGAGGAGGAAUCAUGAUAAGUCAAAGCAUGAAAGAUAUUCUUCUGAUGGUCGGACAAAUUUGGAUGCUGACAAAAAGGGAAGGGAAAACAGAAGUUCUUACGAACCAAGCUCCUAUGGUUCUUCUGCUGCUGCAAAUAGGAGUGAAUUACAAUCACACCAUAAACGCCGUAAUGUUGCUCCUAAGCUUUCUGAAGAAGAGCUGGCUGCUAGGUUGCGUGAGAUGCAAGAGAAUGCUGAAUUGCAUGAAGAACAUAGAUGGAAAAGAUUGAGGAAAGCUGAGGAAAAUGAUGCAAGGGAAGCUACCCGGGAUGGGAUAUCUAAUGGCAAGAACUUCUUGGAUGCUGCUCAAAAAAGUGUGUAUGGUGCUGAGAAGGGGGGAAGCUCAACCAUAGAGGAGAGGGUACGUCGCCGAACAUAUUAUUCACAAGGCCGGUCUGAGGCUAGUGAAGGCAAUGCUUUUAGGCGGUGAUGCCCUUCUACAUCCUUUUUAUGGAACCUUAUAAUCCAGGCGUGCUUCUCUGUUUUUCCCUUACAAGAGUGUAUAUUUCCUGUACCAGCCUAUGUCCUUACUGUAAGGAUGAGCUACUGAAUGUUAGG